UCAAGAAACAAGAUCUAUCAAGGAUAAGGAUCAAAAGAAGGGGAAUAUGGAAACGACCAUGAGUUGAUGCCUGAGCUGACAGGGUAACUAUCAAGAAUCUAGGAAGUCAAAGUCAGUUAGGUUUGGUUUGUUGCCGCGUUAAGUUCGGGUUUAAAAUUUGUUAAACAUUUUUCUUUAUUUUUUUUAUAAAUAAAAGAAAAAUUAUUGUUUUAAUAAUUAAUUAUUGUUUUUUUCUUCUUAUAUUUAAUUUAUUUUUUUUAAAUUGUUUUUAAAGACUUUUGAGUGAUUUCUUUUUCUUGCUUUCAAAAUCAUUUUUAUUGAAUUUGUGUGCGUUUUUGUUUUUUAAAAUAUUUAAGACCCUUUAAAAAAAACUCUAAAAAUAAAAAUCAUGUCGUUUUCAAAAGCAAAAUUGAAGCGUUUCAACGAUGUUGAUAUCUGUGACUCCCCUUCAGCUGCCGCAGCAGGAACAUCGACAACAUGUGCAAGUACAACUGUUGCAUCAUCGUCGUCCUCAUCUACAUCGUCAUCGAUGACGACGUCGUCGGGCACUACUGCUCAUCCAGAACGAAGGGAACAAAUUGAGAAAUUUUUCAAAGACGCAGUUAGAGCAAAUGGUGCAUCGGCUUCGGCUAAGGAACCCAAAGAAGGUAAAACCAAAGAGAAGACAAGUUUGAAGGAAAAAGGUAUGCGACUAUUUAGAACUCCAUCGUUGCCACAUCGUUUACGUUUCCGACAACAUUCUGAUUUGACUUCAACCGCCUCGACUACGUCCUCAACACCUUUUCAGUCAACCAGUUCGACCCCAAUCAAAGAACACACAAAGUCUGCGUCGAAUUUGAAAGGCAAAGAAGCGUUACAGUUUGAAAUUAGAUCGAAGAAUGAACUUCUCGAGAACUAUUUGAGUCAAAUUGAUGUACUUAAGCGUCAUGUCGAACAGUUGAAGGAGACUGAAGCACGCCUCAAGGAAGAGAAUGCACAGAUUUUGCAAAAAAACGAAACUCUCGUCUCUGAGUUAACUGAAGAGAAUCGCAAUCACAAGAACACCAUUGAUUGUUUGGGUAUUGAAAACGCUAAGCUUCUCGAGAAGGCAAAUAGUUUCGAGAGCGAAUUGAAGAAUCUCACCGAAUCACACUCGACUGAGUUGGAAAAUCUCAAAACUAUCAAUUCACAGUUGGAAGCCAAGUGUGAGAAUCUCAACUCAAAGUACGAACAAUAUCUCAGUGAGAAUUCGAACCUAAAUGAAAAAAUCCAAAAGCUAGAUUCUGAAAUAGUUGAGCUCAAGGAGAAUCUCUCUCGCAACAACGAAGAGCGUUCGGAGAGCUUAAAAGAACUCGAUGAUAUCAAAUCGAAGAACGAGGAACUUCAAUCUGAGGUGAAGAAACUCCAGGACCAAAUCGAAGCCGAUGCAUUGUCUUAUGCCGUUGAGACUAAGAACACCUUUGUCGAACUGGAAUCCCUCCGAAAUGAAAAGAACUCUUUGCGCAACGACUUGGCCACAAAAUCCGAACUCAUCCAUAAUCUUCAGGAAGAGGUUUUGGAUAAGAACUGUGAAAUCGAUGCCCAUCGAGAUACCAUUCGUUCGUUGGAAGAGGAAAAACAGCGAUACGUCAACUUUGAUAAGGUUCUUGAACAAGCCGAAGAGAAGGUUCGUAUCGUUGAGAUCCAGGCCGAACAGAAGAUCAAGCAGCUGGAAUCGAAUGUGGAACAAACAAUCGAGCGUGAAAGAAACUACUGGCGCAGUGAACUGAAUAAGAGACAGGAGCAGGCAGAGAAUCAAGUUAUCAAGAUCGAGCUGGAGAAACAGGAUGUCAUGAUCCUUCUCGAAUCCACCAACGAUAUGCUCCGAGAACGUGAUGAGAAAAUUCAAAAAUACGAAGACCAACUUCGCAAGGGUCUUGAAUAUUAUAUUAAUUUGACAGACACUUUGCAAAAGCAGGUCGUCGACAUUAAAGCCGACAUGGCCAAGACUAUCACUGAGAAGUACAACUAUCAACUGACACUCAGUAAUACCCGUUCCACUGUGAACAUCCUGAUGGAACGUUUGAAAAAAUCCGAUUCUGAUGUCGAAAGCCUGAAGACUGAACUAGAGGCAGUGCAAGCCGAGAAGAAGCAGCUAGAAGCCAACUAUACCGAAUUGCAAAACGAACUGGCCGCCCUGAAAAACGAUUUGGCCGAAAGCGAGAAGAAUUUGAACGCAUUGCGGGAAUCAUCAACUGCCCUGCAAAAUGAGGAACGUAUCGAUGAAAAUGUCGAGAAAUACAUUGAACUAUAUCUGGAUCUCAAGAACAAGGACGACAAUCGUGAGGUAUACAUGGCCGAUAUGCGUAAGGCUUUGGAUGAGUUUGCAACGGUAUUGGAAUUGGCUCAGCUGGAAAUCGAUAACAAAGAUAAAUGUCUAACCAAGUUGAAGGAUGAAAACGAGACACUCAAGUUGGAGAAUCUAUCGCUCAAGUCAAAGGCAAACGAUAACACAAAAUGCAUCGCUGAAAAGGACACCGACGAACAGCAAGAAGUUCUAAUUGAUUCACAGUUGAAGGCUGAGUGCGAUAAGAUCACAAAUUGGUUACUAUCGACAGCUGACGAGAAUAACGAGGUUAAGGAGUUGCUCAAGGAGAAAAUCAGCAAUAACAUUAAUACCCCCAAGAGCCUGCCUAGAACUCCCAAAAACACAACACCGAGGACACCCAGAUCACCACGUACCCCAAGGACCCCGAAGUCGAUGAAGACAGUCCUGUUCCCUGGCAAAGAGAAUCUACUGCCCACCAUGGAGGUCAUAAAGAGCCCCCUUAAGACGUGGAAUAAGUAAAUAUAGUCAAAUAAGUUAGAUAAGUAUCCUAUAGUUACAUACAUAUAUUAUAUUCGUAGAUCUCCUUUUGUAAUUUUAUUUUCCCUCCUUAGAUGUUUUUAAGUUUCCUAUAAAAUAUAAUUUAUGCAGUGAUUACGAUCACGUAUGCUAUAAUAAUGUAUUCCUAUAAAGAAAAAGAAGAUUGUACUUGUAUCUCCUGUAUGAAUGGAGUAUAUUUACAUAACAAGCAACCAUGUGACACAAUGUAGCCCUUUGUUGCAUAAAUGGUGAUCAUGUUGAGGAAAGGUUCUUUAUGGAAAGGAACCCUCAUCAAAACAAUGAAUAAUGUUUCGCAUGGGAGAUCUCCCUCUCAAAUGAAUUCAGUUCAAAUGAUCCUCCUUCUUCCCGUCCGCCAGUUGUUGGCGACGACGGACGUCCCUCAUAUACCUAUUUGUUAUCGUGACGACGAGGAA